AUAACAAUUCAUAAACACCAUCGUAACGAGUCACUUAUUUACAAAUCAUAGUCAUGAAAAUUGUACCUCUGAGAAUUUUAGGAUGCGUGGCAGUAGGAUUUCCUUUGUUUGGAAUAUUGUUCGCGAUUGUUUGGUCUAUUUUGUAUGAUUUUGAGGCUUCCAAUCGCACAAUAUGUAGAGUGAAAAACUUCCUCCCAACCGUUAGCUCAGCUAUAGGAGGAUUCACACCACAGCGGUAUGUGUGGAGGAUAUGCAUCAGCCUUCAAGCAGGUUUAAGGUUCCUGCUGGCGUACUGCUACUUCCACUGGCAUCUACGGGUCCACAUGGGUGUAAAGCAUUUACUUUACAAAAACUUGGUGACUGUUGCAGUGUGUUGCCAUAUACUAGAAAAUGUUGCUCUCAUUGUGUUGACGGCCAUAUCUUCUACAGACAAUGCAGAUAUCCACGAGAAGUCCUUCAUAACAUUCAUGGUCUGCUCCCAGAUCUACAUGAUUCUGUCCUGUAUUCUCAUUCACUGGACACAUAGGUCAAAAGUUGUUAUGCCAUCCAGUCAGGAUUCUCUAUUGCUCAAGAGAAAGGUGUACAUAUGGCUAUUUAACCUGACCAUAUUCUUUACUUCGUUGUAUUUUUACUUUAGACACAACAGUUAUUGUGAACCGUAUGUGUAUUCCUGGUUUGCACUCUGCGAGUACUUGACCAUAUUCUCCAACAUCGCCUUCCACAGCAUUUGCUGUGUGGAUUUCAGCAUGUACAGCUUCACUAUUGUGCACACUGAGGACAUCAUCAGUGGGAAAUUCAAGAAUUCAUGAUAAAUUAGGUUAAUUGUCAGAUCGAAAUGGUCCAAUUUUUCCAUAAAACAGCAUCUAAUAUACAUGUCUCAUUCAUAAUGUUGCAUAUCAUAAUGAUCCAUUUUAAAAUAACUUUGCAUGAACACCAGCAAGUUAAAACUGAUAAUACAGCAUUAGUUUAGUUUAUAGACAAAAGUGUUAUGUUUAGGCAUACAUGCCGUAUGGACAUAUGUUUUCUUUUUUUGUAUUCUUAGUUUCAUAUUAUUGUUUGGGGGCAUUUAAAUUGGGGGUGUAAUGAUAUGCUUGUAUAUUACCAUAUAAGAUCAGGUUCAUUUGUUUUCAACGUCCUUUUGGAAAACAAUUUUUUUUCUAAUCAAUGAUUAAUUGUGUGUGUGUGUAUGUAUGUGUCAAAAUCUAAUUCAGCAAGUGGCUUUUAAAUGUUUACGUUCAUUCUGUGUGCAAGCUAUAUACUAGUAUUUAACACGUUUAAUUUAUUGAUAUGAUUAACAAUUAGCAGAUGUUUAAUAAAAACUGACGUUAUUUAUUUUGUUUAGAUUUGAAUUGAUUGUGAUUUUAAAUAUAUAUAUAACUUAUAAUAUUAAACAUCAUAAUAUACUCUAGUAUUCCAAAAUAUUGUGAUAUAUUGAUAAAUGAACCAGUGGUAAUACUACACCCCUAUUUGAAUAUUACUCUAUGAUGGAAGCGUGUUUUUGUAUUGUAAUAAUCUUUUUUUUAAGUACUUUAAUUGGUAAAAGGUAUUGUUUUACAAUUAUGUUUGUUGUGAUAAAUUAAUUUGUGCUCAUCUGAGAACAACAGUUUCAUGGUAAGCUUGUGUGAUAGCCUUUUGUCCAUCUUUAAUUGUGCGUCAUCAGCAUUUGCCAUUGGAACACUCUUGAGCCUCAUUUAAUGCCCAAUCUUUAUUAUUUCCAAGCCGAGUUCCAAACUGAAUCUUGUGGUGUCAAAUGCUAGGUUUCUGGUUAAAUUUAAAACAAUGCUUGGGAACAUUCUAUAGGCUACAUUUAUUACCCGAUCUAUAAAAAUCUGUGUAAAAACAUUUGUUCCCAUGACAUCUCUGAUGAUUUUGAAACUGGGUCACAUGGGUUCAAAAACUAAGUCACUAUGUAAAAUUGAAGAAAGGCUUCUUAAUGCGUAAGGCUUGAUAUUUGUUUACCCUAGAUGGAUUUUUUUCUGAACAUUUGUCAAUUAUUUCUCCUAUGAGUUAGAUAUGGUUUCUGUACAUAAAAAAAACCUGCCUUGAGGCUGUGCAGUUUUCCUUUUACACAUGUAUUUCUAUAGUUGACCUAAUUAACUACACUAAAGAAGUAACAUUUUGUAUGUAAUCAUUCAUCCUGAAACUUGCUCUCAAUAUUUACAAACUGAGUUAUGAUGCCCUUGCUGAUUUUGACAUUUAUUAUACCCCCACAAACGAAGUUAAGGUGGGCAUAUAGGAGUGAACUUGUCCGUCGGUCUGUCUGUCGGUCAGUAUUAAGUGUCCGCUCUCUAAUUCAAGUAUUUUUCAUCCGAUUUUCACCAAACUUGGUCAGAAGUUGUAUUUACAUGAUGUCUAGGCCAAGUUCGAACAUGGGCCUUGCCAGGUCAAAAACUAGGUCACGGGGUCACUUAGUGCGUUUUAAACAUUCAGCAUGUUGUCUGCUCUCUAAUUCAAGUAGUUUUCAUCCAAUCUUCACCAAACUUGGUCAGAAGUUGUAUCUAGAUGAUCUUAAGGCCAAGUUCGAAUAUGGGCCUUGCCUGGUCAAAAACUAGGUCACGGAGUCACUUAGUGCGUUUUUUUAACAUUCAGCAUGGUGUCCGCUCUCUAAUUCAAGUAGUUUUUAUCCGAUCUUCACCAAACUUGGUCAGAAGUCUUAUCUACAUGAUGUCUAGGCCAACUUCGAACAUGGGCCUUGCCGGGUCAAAAACUAGGUCACGGGGUCACUUGGUGCGUUUUAAACAUUCAGCAUCUUUUCCGCUCUCUUAUUAAAGUAAAUUUCAUCCGAUUUUCACCAAACUUGGUCAGAAGUUGUAUCUAGAUGAUCUUAAGGCCAAGAUUGAACAUGGGCCUUGCCUGGUCAAAAACUAGGUCACGGGGUCACUUAGUGCGUUUUUUAACAUUCAGCAUGGUGUCCUCUCUCUUAUUCAAGUCAUUUUCAUCCGAUCUUCACCAAACUUGGUCAGAAGUUUUAUCUAGAUGAUCUGAAGGCCAAGUUCGAACAUGGGCCAUGCCAGAUCAAAAACUAGGUCACAGGGUCAGUUUUACACAUUGAGCAUGGUGUCCGCUCUCUAUUUCAAGUAGUUUAAAUCUGACUUGGUCAGAAGUUGUAACUAGAUGAUGUGUAGGUCAAGUUUGAACAUGGGACAUGCCUGUUCAAACACUAGGUCACGGGGUCACUUAGUGUGUUUUAAACCUCACCAUGUUGUCCGCUCUCUAAUUCAAGUAGUUUUUUUCCAAUCUUCACCAUAAUUGGUCAGAAGUUGUAUCUUGAUAAUGUCUAGGGCAAUUUUGAAUAUUGGUCAUGCCGGGUCAAAAACAAAGUCACGGGAUCACUUAGUGCGUUUUAAACAUCACAAUGUUGUCCACUCUCUUAUUCAAGUAGUUUUCAUCCAAUCUUCACCAAACUUGGUCAGAAGUUGUAUCUAGAUGAUGUCAAGGUCAAGUUUGAAUAUGGGUUAUGCCGGGUCAAAAACUAGGUCACGGGGUAUCUUAGUGCGUUUUAAACCUCACCAUGUUGUUCGCUCUCUAAUUCAAGUAGUUUUCAUCCAAUCCUCACCAAACUUAUUCACAAGGUUUAUUUAAAUGAUCUCUAGGACAAGUUUGAACAUGGGCCAUUCUGGGCCAAAAACUUGGUCACGGUGUAACUUAGUGCGUUUUUUAACAUUCAGCAUGGUGUCUGCUCUCUAAUUCAAGUAGUUUACAUCCGAUCUUCACCAAACUUGGUCAGAAGUUUUAUGGAGAUGAUCUUAAGGCCAAGUUAGAACAUGGGCCUUUCUGGGUCAACAACUAGGUCAAGGGGUCACUUAGUGCGUUUUAAAAAUUGAGCAUGGUGUUUGCUGUUUUUUGUGAAGAUGACAUGCAAAAUAUUAUGUGUCAAUGCGGCAUGUGGGGGUAUUCAUCAUGUCUGUGACAAAGCUCUAGUUGUGGUUUGUUCAAAAACAUGGCUGUCAGCUGUAGGGGCAUUUUUUCUGUAUAGUUCUAUUGUGAAACCUUUGGAAUUUAUAAAAAAAGUCGAGUUCCUUGGUCUCAGGUGAGCACCUGGCCCUAUUGUUGUGAUGAAACUUUUCACGUACAUGUGAUAGAUGUAACAUUAAGAAGAUGACAUAAAAUAUUAAGUAUCUUUUUAGAAUGUAUGCAUGAUCUCAUUAAAAUGAUUUGGAAAGUUUGUAAUGAAUUUUUUUCCCACAGAUAGAAAUAUUUGUUUAAUUGUCAUUAAAAAUAGUACUUUUUAUUUGUGGUGUUAGUGAUAUAUUUUUACAUGGGGCUGGCACCCACAGCUGUAGCACAUUCCUAAAAAUAUCACUUUAUGUCAUGAUAUUCGUUUCUUUUUGUGCUUUUAUUGAUUAAGUAAGUAAACAAAAACCUGGUUGUUGUUUUUUUUGUACAUAUUAAACACUGUUUUUGUAAAACAAUUGUUUGCAGAACCUGACAAAAAGAGAAAUACAGGGUCCUUUGAUUUUGCUAAAUUGUUGUUAGGUUAUCUUUCAAAGACCUAAGUACAUGUGGGCAUAACAGGAUGAUUAAGUUUGGUUAAAUGCAUAAUUGGUCAUGUUGUAGUUGUUCCAUGUCAGGAACACAUCUAACACACAGAGUUCCAGUUACAAUUGUGCGGGCCUGCUAGCUCAGGUGGUAGAGCAUUGGACUAAAAAUCCGAGGAGUGAGGGGUAGAUCCCCUGCCCAUCAACAUAACUUGUGUUAGAAUUGGUCACUAAAUUAUUUUUGGACUAUUCUCCCACUACCUCUGAUUCAAAUAUGACAGUUUUCAGUUUCUAGCAUUAUUGUUUACACGUAGUAAGGGUUAACCAUCUUUUCUCUGGAAGUUGUAAUCUGAUAUGACUGAAAUACUGUUGACAAUUACUAAAAUCCAACAGAAAACGAUUGUAAUGGUUUAAAAAAUAUAUAUGUCCAUAUUUUGUGAUUAAGCAUUUUUAAAAUGAUGAUUUGUAUGUGCAUUCAAUUGGCAUGAUAAUUGUAUUGCACAAUUAAUUGUAUGUCGGAACAUGUUAAUUCAUUUUCCUGUAUUCAAAUUCAUUCAACAACAAAAUUCUCGAUUAUUUUUCUGUGCAUCUUAGUUCACUUUUAAAAUACAAGAACUGUGCCUCAAGAAGGUAACUACUCAAAUAUAAUACACAUGUAUUAAUCCAUUUAUAGAAUCUCAUUAUUUAUUAAGUGCUUUCUAUCUAGUCAUAGAUAUUGUUCAUUAUCCAAAUGAACUAGGUAUUUGUAUGCUAUUUAAUACAUGUUGUUUUCACUAUAAAUUGGCAUAUUAAAUAUUUUCAUAGAAGCAAGUAAAGAGGCAGACUGUACAGUCAUGUACCGAAGUAAAUUUAAAUAAGUGAAUUAAUCAGACCAGUACUAAAAAGUUAGUUGUUUGGAAUUGAAGAGCAUGUUAUGCAUCUCACUGGUGAAUGAACCUUCAUGAAAAUUUCAGAAGUCUUUGAAACAACAUGUGUAUGUUGUGAUUCUUAGACUGGCUGUUAAAUCUAUUUUCAGUUCAGUUUUUGUUUUAUUUUCUUAUUAUUGAUGAUGGCGACAUACUAAGACAUUAUUUCACUGUUGUCUACCGCGAUGAAAAAAGACAUUGAAUAUAUUUGUGCAAAACUAUGACAUCAUUGACAACUAGUUUCCGAGGAAAUAGUAUGGUCAUCAAUAUGUAUGUUAGUAUUUGCAUUCAGAGUAGGUUUAACUUGAAACAGAUCAUUUGGGCAGAUUAUCUUUUGAUAUUUCCUUUGACCAGUUUAGUUCCUUUAUUAUGCUCCCCCCCCCAAAAAAAAAUUGGGGGGGAGCAUAUAGUCGCCGCUUCGUCUGUCCGUGUGUCCGUCCGUCCGUGCACAAUUUUUGUCCGGGCUAUUUCUCAGCAACUUAUGACCGGAAUUCAAUGAAACUUUAUGGGAAGCUUCACUACCAUAAGGAGAUGUGCAUAUUGUCAGCGGAUUCUGGUCGGAUGAUUCUUCACAGAGUUAUGGCCCUUUGAAAUUUUCCAUUAACUGUACAUAUAGUGCAAUUCUUGUCCGGGCUAUUUCUCAGCAACUAAUGACCGGAAUUAAAUCAAACUUUAUGGGAAGCUUCACUACCAAGAGGAGAUGUGCAUAUUAUCCACCGGUUCUCGUCGGAUGAUUUUUCACAAAGUUAUGGCCCUUUGAAAUUUUCCAUUGUACAUAUAGUGCAAUUCUUGUUCGAGCUAUUUCUCAGCAACUUAUUACGGGAAUUCAAUGAAACUUUAUGGGAAGCUUCACUACCAACAGGAGAUGUGCAUAUUAUCAGCCGGUUAUGGUCGGAUGAAUUUCACAGAGUUAUGGCCAUAUAGUGCAAUUCUUGUCCAGGCUAUUUCUCCCCAACUACUGACUGGAAUUCAAUGAAGCUCUAUGGGAAGCUUAACUACCUUUAGGAGAUGCGCAUGUUAUUUGUGGGUUCUGGUUAGAUGAUUUAUUAAGAGAGUUAUUGCCCUUUAAAAAAAUUUAGUUUUAGUUGCUAAGCCAUCCAUUGUAUUAUUUUGUCCAAAGUUAUACCCCUCAAGACGUUUCCUUUUAUCCGAAUAUAUAGUGCAAUAUUGUGACAAAAAAAAACUUUGGGGAGCAUCACCUGUCUCCGACGGUUUCUUGUUUCUCAGGUUAGCGAGCAUGGUCUUUUGACCUUCGUGUUAUCCCAGCUUGAUUUUCUUUCGAUUAAAUCAUAAAAGGCAUUUUGGUGCAAGAAAACCCUGGGUGGCUGUUUCUCUACUAAAUACAACAUUUGUACUGAAUGAAAAUUAAUCAAUGUGUAGUAAUAUUCAUUUUACACAUCAGCCAACUUUUACUGAAUAUUUGAGAUAUAAUAUCUAGAUGAGCAUUAUUUCCAUCACUCACAAUGUCAAGUAUGACAUAAUAGAUAGAAACUUGUUGACAAAUAAUUGUUUUUUAAAUUGAUGUAAAUAAUUUUCUUCAUACCUUUGAAAAACUAUCUGGUCAGAGAUGUUCUCAUUUCACUGGAGAUUUCUUUAAUGAAAUGGUAUGGCAUUACAUGAUUAUAUUGAUAUUUCAUUUAGAUAUUAAACUAUUUAUCUAAUUAUUUGUUAAUCUUGUUAAAAUAGUGUGUGUUUUGUAUAAUUUUGACUGUGUUCAGUUUAUUGCUUGUUUGCUCUAUUAGUAUAGACAUCUAUAUAUAGACAAAUAUUUUUUGUUUACGAAUUCUGACUUUUAUACUUUUUGUUUACAAAUUCUGACUUUUCUAUUUAACGCUAGUUUGGUGUUUUGUGAUCAAUCACGACAUAUUUAUCAAACACGACAUAUUUAUGAUGCAUUCACCUGUAAUAUGUUGUGAAUAUUUAAAAUAUUAUUUAAUAUUUAUUCAUAAUUUACACAUAUUUUCAGGUUUCGGAUCUUAGGUAAUUUCUAUAAAUCGUCAAAAUGUGUUUAUCAUAAAACGUCAAUGUCUCUUGGUUGUAUUUUUCUGUGAUUCAUAAUAUACAUGAAUAUGAAUGAAAAAUCAUACAGUUGUGGAUAAAAUAGUGGGAAAGGAA